AUGUCGGGCCGCGGAAAGUCCGGCGGUAAGGCGCGGGCCAAGGCCAAGUCGCGCUCGUCGCGGGCCGGGCUGCAGUUCCCCGUGGGCCGCGUGCACCGGCUGCUGCGCAAGGGCAACUACGCGGAGCGGGUGGGCGCCGGGGCGCCGGUGUACCUGGCGGCCGUGCUGGAGUAUCUGUCGGCCGAAAUCCUGGAGCUGGCGGGCAACGCGGCCCGCGACAACAAGAAGACGCGCAUCAUCCCGCGGCACCUGCAGCUCGCCAUCCGCAACGACGAGGAGCUCAACAAGCUGCUGGGCGGCGUGACUAUCGCCCAGGGCGGCGUCCUGCCCAACAUCCAGGCCGUGCUGCUGCCCAAGAAGACGCAGAGCUCCAAGAAGUGAGCGCUGCCCCUCUCCCGGCCCCUUCCUCGCCGCUGCCCCCCGCACCUGGUUCCCCUCCUGCUCCUGCGCCCGGGUUGUGGGGUGAGCCCCGGCUGUGCCCCCCCCGCUCUCCACUGGCUCCCGGCCUGGGCUGUAGUGGGGUGCUGGGGGAGCGCGGGCGAGGCCGGGCCCCUCUUGUGUCCCCACCCCGCCCCGACUCUCUGGAAGAAGCGUUUUUGCAGGAGACGGUGGGGGUGCGGGAGAUGGCGGGGGCCGGGGCGGUGCGGUUGGGUCGCUGCGUGGAGCUGCCGAGGACUGUUGUGGCUGCGUGGGGAUGGACACGGGCACCUCCGGCUGCCUCCACCGGCCCUGGGGCCCUGCAGGCCCCCCCGCGGCUGUCCUUGCUGCCCUGGCGUGGGGCUGAGGCUUGAUGCUGCUGCACACCCUGAGCGGUGCCAUCCCCGCUGCACUGCGGCAGGGGGGGCUGGCAAAUGCGAAAAGCAGAAGUUUCUCCGUCAGCAAGGAGCGACUGUUAGUUUUAGUUCUGUCCGUGGUUAAAGCUCGUGCGUUCCUACUGUUAAGAAGCUCCGGUCCUAUUUAUUUGGAGGUAUUUUAUUUUGGGUAGUCCCUUCCCCCACAGAGGCAGCUCCCAGCUCAGGGGGCUUUGGGGCACUCCAGUGUCAAAUCCCCGCAGAGCAGUGCAAGGUCAGGCGCCGGGAGCUGCCAUGUUCUGCUGCGGCUCCGCGCUGCUGGCGGAGCGGCCCCGUCUGUGGGAGCCCCCCGUGUCCCUCGGCUCCAUCACACCCCGAUGGCACUUCCAAAAAUGACAUGCUGUGUCUUUCUGUUUGUUCAACACCGUUUCUGGUUCUGAGAAAUAAAGUGAUGAUGCUGUCUGUUAUGUGUAACGUUCUGUGGAUGAAUGUUUCUUUAUAAAACAACAGCAACAACAGUACAGUUUGUGCUGAAGCCUGUUCCUAGCUCGAGCUGCAUGUUCUGAAUGGCCGUGGAUAAUGUAGGCUCACAGGGCUGUCCCGUGACACCAGGAAUGGCUGAUGUGCUGACAGUGUUCUCACUGCCUAGUGCAGCCUGCUGCCAUGGAGGCCCAUCGUCACGUGCAUGCGGCGCUGUCUGGGCAAUUGGACUGCAGACCUCAUGACCUCUUGUUUUUCUCUUGUUUUUCUGAGUAAAAUGAGCAGCUUCUAUUUAUGUGCUGUAAGUAGCAUGUGUUCAGCCUAUUGCCUCUGCUGUUACCCUAGUGGGUGAAGUACCUUAGCCUGGCGCUGGCACUAUUCUCACCUAGAGCAGAUGAAGCUGGAUGCGUGCUGCUUCAAGGGAGGGGUUUUGUGCUCUGCUGGAGGAUGUGGAAGCGGCACUUUUGGUGUGCUCAUGUGGUGCAGAUGUCCCCUGGUUAUGCUGUGCUACCCUGAUCUCGGGAUGGGGGGAGAUGGGGUGGGAGCAGCUGGCUGUGUGCCCUGCUGCAGCACGGCUCCCUGCUGCACGGGGACCGUGGGCUUUCUCCCCACGUGUGCUGCCGUGGGCGGUGGGUAACGUGUCUGCACCCACGUCUUGUUUUCUCCCUCCUUUCCUUCAGGACCAGCGUUCUGUACAACUGAGUGCUUUGUAUUAGAAAAUGCAGAACUUGUCAUACUGAAAAGAAUGGUGCAAACCCAAUAUUUGAUUAAACUGGUUCCCUGUUGAA